GGCGCGGCGCUGCGCUCAUCGCUGGCGGAGGCCUCGGAGGGGUCACCGACCGCGGUAAAGCCAACCCGAAAUGUGGUUGCUGUGCGGAGCCCGGUGGUUCGGGUUAGGGCAGGUCGUGCCAUCGUCUGCGCCUUCCCUCUCUUUGUAAACGAAGUCUGUAGUUUGGCAGGCAAGCGGGCCAUUGUUCCAGGCAGUACGCGUGCCACAACAAAAUGUGCUCUGUCUGACCAGGUUAUGACAUGGACAAGAAUUUACCAAAUAGCAUGAAGAAAACAUUUGCAUUUGCUCGGGAUGGUUGAUGAGAUGCCAAUUAAAGAAACCCAACCCAUUUGCUUCUAUGUCUUUGCAGAAUCAGUGUGGUGACAAAGUGUAGAUGUAAUCUUGGCCAAAACAUACGGUGCUGCUCCUAGCAUAAGUGGCAAAGCACCUUUUGUGCUCUGUAUCCUGACGUGCUCAGCAAGGUAUGCAACACGUGCUGAUCAGAGAACAGAUAUGGCAGGGCAAAGUGUGAACGAAGAGGACUGGAAUGCAGAGAUGGGAGAUGAAGUGUCACCAGUUCUCCCACCCCUUGAGCAGUCUAGCUUAUUUGGAAGACCAAAUGGCCUCUCAUCUGACUUCAGUCCAAGUGCAGGUGCUGUUGAAAGACCUAACAGAAGUGAACGCAUGCAGGACAAUUUUGGAGGUUAUUCUAGGGGUAGAGGCUUUCAAGAAAGGAACGUUAAGGAUUCUAAUAUGCAACAUAGAGGUUUUAAAGGAUUUCCUGGUGGCUUUGGAGGAAGUGUGGGUUUUCAAGAAAGGAAUGUGGAGGAUUCUGGUAUGCAAAAUAGAGCUUAUAGAGGAUUUCCUGGUGGUUUUGGACGAACAGAGAGUUUUCAAGAAAGGAAUGUAGAAGACUCUGGAACAGAAAACAGAAGUUUUAGACGGUUUCCUGGUGGCUUUGGGCAAAGUGAGGGAAUGAAAGAUGAGCGAAGAGGCAGACCUCAGUCUGGUGUUUCUGUUGACCCUGGAGGAAGAGGAGCAUUUGGAGCUCAUGCAGCUGCUUCCAAAGAAUGUGAAGAAAUGGGUUCUGGAAAAGGUCCAAAGGUGACUUACGUUCCACCUCCUCCACCUGAGGAUGAGCAAGCCAUCUUUGCACGUUAUCAGACGGGAAUCAAUUUUGACAAGUAUGAUGACAAUGUUGUUGAAGUGUCAGGACUUGACCCUCCAGCACCAAUACUGGCUUUUGAAGAUGCUAACCUUUGUCAUACAUUAAACAAGAACAUUGCUAAAGCUGGGUACUCUAAACUUACUCCAGUACAGAAGUACAGCAUUCCUGUUAUACUGGCAGGACGGGAUUUAAUGGCAUGUGCCCAUACAGGAUCAGGAAAAACUGCAGCUUUUCUUCUGCCAAUUGUGGCCCACAUGAUGAGGGAUGGCGUAACUGCCACUAGCUUUAAAGAGCAGCAAGAACCAGAAUGUAUCAUUGUUGCCCCAACUAGAGAAUUGAUAAACCAGAUCUUCCUAGAAGCAAGAAAAUUUGUGUAUGGAACUUGUAUAAGGCCUGUUGUGAUCUAUGGAGGUACACAAACAGGGCACUCAAUUCGUCAGGUAAUGCAAGGCUGUAAUAUACUAUGUGCCACUCCAGGAAGGCUUCUAGACAUCAUUGGAAGAGAAAAGAUUGCUUUGCAUAAUGUGAAAUAUUUGGUGCUAGAUGAAGCAGACCGCAUGCUUGAUAUGGGUUUUGGGUCAGAUAUGAAGAAGCUGAUUUCUUACCCAAGCAUGCCACCAAAAGAUCAACGUCAAACACUAAUGUUUAGUGCCACUUUCCCUGGAGAAGUUCAGAGGCUGGCUCGUGAAUUUUUGAAAACUGAUUAUUUAUUUGUUGUUGUUGGACAUGUGGGUGGAGCUUGCAGUGAUGUUCAGCAAAUUGUUCUUCAGGUUCCUCAGUAUUCCAAGAGGGAUAAACUGAUAGAAAUUCUACAAAGCACGGGUCAGGAACGAACCAUGGUGUUUGUGGACAAAAAGAAAAAAGCAGACUACAUUGCAGCCUUUCUUUGUCAAGAAAAAAUAGUAGCCACGAGUAUCCAUGGAGACAGAGAACAGAGAGAAAGAGAAGUAGCUCUUCAGGAUUUUCGUUCUGGAAGAUGUCCAGUUCUUGUGGCAACGUCAGUUGCAGCAAGAGGUCUGGAUAUUGAAAAAGUUCAACAUGUUAUUAAUUUUGAUCUUCCUUCCACCAUUGAAGAAUAUGUACACCGAAUUGGACGAACUGGUCGUUGUGGAAAUACAGGCAAAGCCAUUUGCUUCUUUGAUAAAAGUUCAGAUGGCCAUCUUGCGCAGUCUCUAGUUAAAGUACUUUCAGAUGCCCAACAAGAAAUUCCAGUUUGGUUGGAAGAAAUUGCUUCUGUCCCUCAAGGAGAAAUACACUGUAGAUCAGUUGAUUACCAAAAGAAUUACAGGGACAGAGGCAACGUGAACCCAGGAGGAAUGAAGAUGGCUUAUUCUGCAACUGAAUUGGAGUCCUGGGAUUAAAACUAGUUUAGUACCAAACUAGAUUGCAUUCUGUUGUCCUUUAAAUGAACUGUUGCACUUAUUGUUUCUUACUGUUGAGCAUGGAACACUUCAUGUUUAAAGAAGUAGUUGGUAUCAUAUGCUAAAGUUUUCAGCCAUGUAUAUUGUGUUCUGUUAUGAUAAACUCAAUUGUCACUUGAUGUAGGAAGUCAGAAGCAUUUUUUAGGAAACACUACAGGUGUUAAGUGUUAAAACUUCCAUAAAGUGUUUAAUGCUUGGUGGCAAAUAUGCUGUUGUAAAAAGGUGGAGUUUUUGCAAGUGGAAAGUAGUAGAUCCCUUGAACAUACUACUUUGUUUUCAGAAUUUUUAAUAGGAAGAUAGUAUUCUGAAGACCUAGUUUGGAAAAGACCUUUAUGUAAAUGGAUCAUCUAAACUUCAUGUUAAUUCCUUUGUGUGACAGGCCAGUUAUAAAAUUUUAAUCUGGUGAUGAGCUGACUUGGUCUCAAGGAUCUGUUAAACAUCCUGUAAACAGUUACUUAAUAAAAACCUGAGGAGUUUGUAUU